UCGCAGACAAUCAUAAGUCAACAACUUACCCAACCGAGUGUGCGUUCCGUCGGUAUUGUUUAGUGCGCAGCAAUUAUUAUUAAAUUUUCGGUAAUAUCCUAAAACGACGAUUUACGAAGAAUUCUUAAUCAAAUAUGAAAAUCACCAUUGUAUUCGCUGUAUGCUUCAUCGCCAACAUCGUUGUGGCUGUGCCUAUCGAUGAUCCAUCACAGGCGCAAAUUUUACGUUUGGAUUCGGACGUGAAGCCUGAUGGCUACUCAUUUGCUUUGGAGACUAGCGAUGGCAAGACUCACAACGAGGAAGGUCAGUUGAAGAAUAUCGGUGCCGAGGAUGAGACAAUUGUUGUGCGUGGCUCAUAUUCAUUCGUUGCUGAUGAUGGUCAAACAUACACUGUCAACUAUAUUGCCGAUGAGAAUGGUUUCCAGCCCGAAGGCGCUCACUUGCCCAAUGUGGGUAUUCACUAAACGCAACAAAGAAAUCGAGUCAUGAAAUAUGUGCAGAAAUGAACGGGUGUAUGUCUAGUGCAUAGAUCUCGUAAAUUACGGUUAAAUGAUUUGAGUUGUCGUUAAAAAUUAGCUUGAGAGAUCUGAGAGUUAUUGUUUCUUUUAUUUUUAAACGAAUAUUUAAUGUGUAGUUUUAGAAAAUAAAUAGUAGUAUUAUAUGUAAAGUGUCAAACGCAUCGGUAUGAAAAAUACAAAAAACGCAUACAAAA